AUGCCAAAGCGAGAAGCAAAAGAUUCGUUUUUGAUUUAUCACUCUUUCUUCAUUUUCACAGACGAAAAGAUUGUUCAUGGUUCACGAAUCUUCUGCGAAUUUAAUUACUUCGUAAGACAAUCAACUUAUCUAACUGUCAUUUCCACCAGAAGUUAUAAUAAGCACUCUGAGAGAAACACUCAGACAUGUGUUGAACUUCCUCAAGAAGUUCCCUUAGUCAUAAAUUUCAAUCCUUGCUUGGCUUACGAAAACUUCACUUACCUUGUCAAAGUUAAUCUGUUGGGUAAAAAUCAAAUGGCAAAUAAAUCAUUUCCCACUAUGAAUGAAUUGUGGUCAUCAUCAGGCUGUAAAUAA